UUCCUCCUUCUCUUCUUCUUCUUCUUUUUCUUCUUCUGCUUCUUCUUCUUCGCCGGAUCUACGUCGCGGACCUGCAGCGAAGGAGGCAGAGCACUAUUUGUCCUUGCAGCGGUCCACCGGUCCAGUUAGCGCAAUUUCUCCGGCGUAACGUGUGCUGCGAAUCCCACGCAGAUAAGCUACCGACCGCGAUCCGAACACUGCUGCUUUUACGGAUCGACGUGACAUUGCGCGUACUCAGCUACAAGACAUCCUUUGAGAUCUGCAGCGGAUCUAUACAGGAGCUCCUCUAUACGAUCCACGACAGCCGCGUCAUCGCCGUCACCAUCAUGCGCCGACAAUUGUUCUGGAGCGGUUACCUGUUGGCGCUGACCGUCGCGGCGUCAUUGACGGUCGCGGCCCCCGCAGAACCGGCCGCGGAAGACGUGGUGACGUACGAUCAGCGGCAGAACGGCACAGAGAACGUGCGGAUCAGCCUGAGCGAUCUCAAAGUGGUGCUGGCCCCGGCCGACGGGCUGUUCCAGAUAAUGUCCAUGGCCGGUGCGCAGCUGCUCAACUCGGACUUUGUCGGCGCCGCGACAGACCAUCGGCCGACAGCGGUCGAGUGCACCGGGUUCAAGUGCAACAACCGGCACAGGCAGGCCGCCAAGAAGAAUCGUUUCAAACUAUCAAGUCUCAUAGCACCAUUGUUAAACAACCAAUCCGAACAGAAAAUUGCAGAAACAGAAAGUAUUAGUGCCAACAAAAAUACUAAUUAAUCAUUGAAUAGCUUUGAAAUGUUAUUUACAAUAUCGGCUCAAAUUGCUACAGUUAAUAUCAAUACAAUGAUGAAUAAAAUUAUACCUAUUACAUAUAGGUACGAUUUAAUACAUUUAAAUUGUCUGAAUAUUUUUAAACC